ACACGACGUCCGCGAUACUGUCACAAUUGGCCAUGGCAGCUCUCCGGAUAAGUAGGGCACAAUUGGGUUUGCGGAUAGGCCGGUCGGUCGCGCCUCGCCAGACUGCGCGACACGCAUACGUGCUGUCGAGCCGUGUGCCUAUCUAUCGCUCUUACAAUUCCUCGACUUCACGACGUUUAGAGCUCUCAGCAUUCAGUUCGCAACUUGAGGAUCCUCGCGCUGCAUCGUUCCUUUCCACCUUGCAAUCCACUCCUUCGAAACCUCCUCAGACUCUUACCGAGAAAAUUGUACAGACCUACGCCGUCGGCCUUCCCGAUGGGAAAUUCGUGCAGAGUGGGGACUAUGUCACUCUACAGCCGUCGAAAUGCAUGACACAUGACAACUCAUGGCCAGUGGCGCUGAAGUUCAUGUCGAUUGGUGCAUCGAAGAUUCAGGACAACAAGCAGAUCGUCAUGACCUUGGACCAUGAUGUGCAGAACAAAAGCGAGGCGAACCUCAAGAAGUACAGACAGAUCGAAGAGUUCGCAAAGGCACAAGGCGUUGACUUCUAUCCCGCUGGAAGGGGUAUCGGCCAUCAGAUCAUGGUCGAGGAAGGGUAUGCCUGGCCAGGCACACUUGCUGUAGCGUCAGACAGCCACACGAACAUGUACGGAGGCGUAGGAUGUCUUGGAACGCCAGUCGUACGGACAGAUGCUGCCGCGAUCUGGGCCACGGGAAAAAUGUGGUGGCAGAUACCACCAAUUGCCAAGAUCAACUUCAAAGGAACACUGCCUACGGGUGUCACAGGAAAGGACGUCAUUGUAGCUCUAUGCGGCUUGUUUUCCAAGGACGAGGUUCUCAACCAUGCGAUUGAAUUCACUGGGUCCACAGAAACUUUGAGAAGUAUCCCCGUGGACGAUAGACUCACGAUCGCGAACAUGACCACAGAAUGGGGUGCCCUUUCAGGACUGUUCCCCAUCGAUAGCAUUCUCCAGGGAUGGCUGCGCGCGAAGGCCACUGAAGCCGCUCUCUACGAGACCUCGAAACCCACCGCACAACGAUUCAAUCACCAGAGGCUCGACGAGCUAUUCGAGAAUCCAGUGACAGCCGAUCCUGGCGCGACAUAUGCAAAGGAGCUUUUCCUCGACCUUUCCACCCUCUCACCCUACGUAUCCGGACCAAACAGCGUCAAAGUAGCAACCCCUAUUGCUGAGCUCGAACAACAGAACAUCAAAUGCGACCGCGCAUAUCUCGUCUCCUGCACAAACAGUCGUCGUACUGAUAUCGCUGCCGCUGCAAAAGUCUUCAAAGACGCCGCAGCCCGCGCCGACGGCACAAUCCCAAAGAUUCCUUCACAUGUCAACUUCUACAUCGCCGCCGCCUCUCUUCCAGAGCAGAAAGCUGCUGAAGAGCAAGGCGACUGGCAAGUCCUCAUCGAAGCCGGGGCUCAACCUCUACCGGCCGGUUGCGGACCUUGCAUCGGUCUCGGAACAGGCCUCCUGCAGCCCGGCGAAGUCGGUGUCAGCGCCAGCAACCGUAACUUCAAGGGCCGCAUGGGCAGCACAGACGCCAAAGCCUACCUGGCAAGCCCCGAAGUCGUCGCCGCCUCUGCGCUCAAAGGCGUCAUCACCGGCCCCGGCGUCUACACUCAACCCGAGGGCUACACGGGGGUUCAAAUGGGCGAAGGCGACGGCAUCGCCCCCGAAGAACGCAUGAUCAGCAUCGAAGACGCCCUCGACCAACUCGUGCGCGAGGCCGAAGCUGCCGUUGCACAAGGCGAGGAAACUCUCUCCCCAGCCUCCUCAUCCAGCACCUCACCCACUCCUGCGCCCGCCGCUACAGGCGCCGUCCUGGAAGGCUUCCCGGCCAAAGUCUCGGGCGAAAUCAUCUUCGCCAACCUGGACAACUGCAACACCGACGCCAUCUACCCGGGCAAAUACACAUACCAAGACGGCAUCACGCGCACCCAGAUGGCCGACGUCGUCAUGGAGAACUACGACCCCGCCUUCGCUGCCACCUGCAAGCCCGGCGACAUCCUCGUCAGCGGCUUCAACUUUGGCUGUGGCUCCUCGCGCGAGCAGGCCGCUACCGCCCUUCUCGCCGCCGGUAUCCCCCUCGUUGUUGCCGGCAGUUUCGGCAAUAUCUUUUCGCGCAAUAGUAUCAAUAACGCGCUCUUGGGCCUCGAGGUGCCGGAACUGGUGCGUAUGUUAAGGGACAAAUUUGCUGGGUCGAAAGAGUUGACGGUGCGGACGGGCUGGGUUUUGGAGUGGGAUGUUGGUCGAAGUGAGGUUAGUGUUGUCAAGGGCGAGGGCGGCGAGAGGUGGACGAAGAAGGUGGGCUCGAUGCCGCCCAAUGUGCAGGCGAUAGUUGCGAGAGGUGGUCUGGAAGGGUGGGUGAAGGGGGAGAUUGCGGCGAGUGAGUGACAAGAUGCGAUAUAGAAUGGCGGAGUCAGAAAUGUAGUAUACUGUUGAUACAUAUAUCCCCCAAAAGCCGUACAUAUAUCUAUUUUGAUCGGGUUCGCUUAAGCGCUCGGCAAAUGUAUGAACUAAAUGAGAAUUACU